AUGUCUUCACCGAAGCGCAAAGCCAUAAGCAAUGGCGACGACGCAGAAGACACUAAACGCCAGCGGAUCAGCAGCGACGAUGCGCCCACUGACCAAGCGGAAGAGAUCCCAUUCCUGCCUUCCGGCGCAGCACCAGACUCUUUCAUCGACCACAAAGCCGCCAUAGCCUACUGGUCCGCCACCGAGCCCACCGUCAACGGUGUCCUUGGCGGCUACCCACAAGUGUCACGCAUUGAUCUGCAAGGCUCCAGUAACUUCCUUGCCAAGCUUCGCCGUUCAUCGCACCAUCACCCUUCGAGCAAGAAGCUCAAUCGCGCGGUUGACUGCGGUGCGGGCAUUGGCAGGAUCACCGACGGCUUUCUCAGCAAAGUAGCAGAAGUCGUCGAUAUCGUAGAGCCAGUGAAGAGCUUUACGGACCAGAUACAGGGUAAGCCUGGGGUGGGCGAGAUCCUGAAUGUAGGGCUUGAGGAGUGGCAUCCUCAACGAGAUGGACACGGACCGUACGAUCUGAUAUGGACGCAAUGGUGUCUAAGUCAGCUCACCGACGUUCAAGUCGUCGAGUAUCUAGGUCGGCUGCCCGCGGUGAUGAGCGAAGGAGGUUGGAUUGUGGUGAAGGAGAACCUGAGCAAUCACCACUUGGACGAGGAUGUGUUUGAUAAGACGGACAGUAGCGUGACGAGGACGGACAUCAAGUUCAGGAAGCUUUUUGAGGAUGCAAGGCUGGGCGUGGUGUUAACAGAGUUGCAGAGGGGGAUGCCGAAGGGCUUGUACCCAGUGAGAGCCUAUGCGUUGCAGCCGAGAUAG